UACAGGAAGAGAGUUACAGAGUGAACAACGUUUGGACAACGUGAGUUUUGUGAGUUUUUCUACACAGUUGUUUGGUCCAGUAAAGUCACCACCUGUCGGAAAAUAACAGCAGACUUUAUCAUAACCCGGAUAGUACAUCAAUAAAGGGCUCUGGUCAUGGCUCUGAAUAAGUCCAUGCAUCCCCGGAACCGUUACAAAGACAAACCUCCGGACUUUGCUUACCUGGCCUCCAAAUAUCCGGACUUCCAACAGCACGUGCACACCAGCCUCGCGGGAAGACCUGUUGUAAAUUUUAAGGAGCCGGAAGCGGUGCGAGCGCUGACCUGCACCCUGCUGAAGGAGGACUUUGGUUUGACCAUCGAGAUCCCUCUGGAGCGCCUCAUACCCACCGUCCCCCUCCGCCUCAACUACAUCCACUGGGUGGAGGACCUCAUCGACGGCCAGAAGCAACCACGCAGAGGCAUCGACAUCGGCACUGGUGCAUCCUGUAUUUACCCCUUACUGGGAGCCACAAUGAACGGCUGGUACUUUCUGGCCACAGAGGUGGAUGACAUCUGUUUUGACUACGCUACAAAAAACGUGGAACAGAACAACCUGUCCGACCUGAUUAAAGUUGUCAAAGUCCCUCAGAAGACUUUGCUGAUGGACGCCUUGAAAGAAGAGACAGAAAUAGUGUACGACUUCUGCAUGUGCAACCCUCCUUUUUUUGCAAACCAGCUUGAAGCAAAGGGGGUGAACUCCAGGAACUCACGGCGACCUCCUCCCAGUUCAGUGAACACAGGCGGAGUGACGGAAAUCAUGGCGGAGGGCGGGGAACUGGAGUUUGUCAAGAGGAUCAUUCAUGACAGCCUGCAGCUCAAGAAACGCUUGCGGUGGUACAGCUGCAUGUUGGGGAAGAAAUGUAGCCUGGCACCUUUGAAAGAGGAGCUGAGGAAGCAAGGGGUACCUAAAGUGACUCACACAGAGUUUUGCCAGGGACGGACGAUGCGGUGGGCGCUGGCCUGGAGUUUCUAUGACGAUGUGAUUGUCCCGUCUCCUCCCAGUAAGAAGCGUAAACUUGAGAAAACGCGGAAGCCCCUGUCGUUCACACUAACAGAGCCGGGACUGAGGGAGCUGCAGGUCAAAGCCGCAGCUUUAGGCGGUGCUGCCCGCGGCCCUGUGGACAGCAUCACUGCUCUGCUGGAGAAAACACUCACUGACCUGCGGGUGCUACACAAACGUGUUCCUUGCAGAAAACAGGAGCAGAGCCUCUUUCUAACAGCUGUGGAGAACACCUGGAUCCACGGACGACAGAAGCGACGGGAAGGGAUGCGUCAGUUGCGAGAGCUUCCCCGGGCGCCUCAAUGUCCUGGCAGUAGCUCUCAGCCCACUGUGGCCACAUCUGCUCCCGCCACAACGCCAGCAUCUCCAAACCAGUCCACACAAAACAUCAGCACUCAGGGUGACGGCGCUCAAAACAAAACCACGUCUGAACAGGAGCUGGCUUUUCAGCAGCAGCCCACAGAGCAGACUGAAAAUGGCGCCUCUUCUAAAGAGACAAGCAAAGAUGUAACGCACAAUCCAACUGCAGAACAGAAAGAGGUCUCAGAGAAUGUGUCAGGUGAAGACGUAGACAUGGAGUCCCCCACCUGUACAGACGCAGGGCAGGAAACAGGCCCGCAGGAAGCACCGGCUGCAGCAAGUGAACCAGCGUCCAAGCGACCCCUGAGCCCCGCAGCAGCCGAACACUUCCUGUUUAAGUGUCUGCUGAACGUGAUGCUGGAGGAGGGCGAUGUCUUCAUUGAGAUGCACUGGGUCGAGGGUCAGAGUAAAGACCUGAUGAACCAGCUGUGCACGUACCUGAAGAACACCCUUCUAAGGAUUGUUGCUAAUCCAUAAAUGAUCAGACAUGUUAUUUUUAGAGGCGAUUAUUCAGUUCACUGUGGAAGUUUAUUCCAGUGGAUAAUCAGUUAGUUCACAUCAUCGGAUUUUGUUGUUCUCAGUCGGUUUACCUUUUAAGGUAAAACAUACUGUAUAUUGUUUUGUUGAAUUUGUCAAAAUAUUUGAAAUAAAUACUCAUUUUUAUAACUUU